AUGCUGCUGGUCCUUGUAUACAUCGGAAUUUCUUUGGACUACAUCCUUAUGGAAGUGGUUGUGCCCAUCCUUCCCGAAUACCUCCUUCGGCUGUCGCAUCCGGACGAUGCUGAAUUUAUUCUGGGUCGAUUGAUUGUCACCGAUGAGUCGAAAUCAAAAGCUGCGCUCCGACAUCAGCUAAUAGAAUCGGAGGGAGUGUCGUUUAGCAUACUCUAUGGAUCGAAGACUUUCGUUCAGCUAUGGUCCAAUUUUCUUGUUGGGCCCUUGACCAACAGAAUUGGGUAUUCGAUGCCCCUCUUUAUUGGAUUUGUCAUUAUGACUGCAUCUACCAUGAUGUUCGCCUUCGGCAACAGCUAUAUUAUUCUUCUGCUCGCUAGAUCUCUCCAAGGGGCUGGUUCCGCUUGUACCGCUACUGCAGGGAUGGCAUUGCUCGCGGGUGUCUACACCGACGAGAAAGAGAGGAGUUGGGCGAUGGGUAUCGCGCUGGGUGCUAUAGCGAUUGGUAGAAUAAUCAACACUUGGAACGCUGUU